GGAGCCAGAAACUCUCCAUCUAGUCCAAAGAAGAGUAAAGGGAAGAAGAAAAUCAAGUAUGGAAGAAGGUCUAACUCAAAAUUGAAGGAUGGUCCACUCUUUGAUUUAGCCAACGGAUAUGGUCAUAAAGGUGCUUCCUUUAGCAAAUCCAUCAAAAAAAGUGUGAUUUUCAGAGUUGCAGCUGCAGCCCUUUCCCUCUCUGCAUCAAUUGUAUGUGGGGCUGGUGGAGGUAGAAGUAUUCUCAAUGAAACUCAAGCAACAAUGGAAAUGGGGAAAUUAUUGGGUAUUAAUUAUAAAGGAAAUGAAAAGGAGGUGGCAAGGAGAAUUGUUGAGAUGGAACUGCAAGAUAAGGAUAAGGCAAUAAGAAAGGUUGUUGAUGCUGUGUAAAUGGCACACAGUUGGGGUCUCUCGAGUGUAUUAUUAUUGGUUAUUAUGAAGAUACUAUCUUGGAAUAUUAGAGGUUUGGGAAGGCAAGAGAAAAGAAGGAUGAUCAAAAAGAUAAUCAGAGAGAGGAAAAUUGAUAUUGCUUUAUUUCAGGAGACUAAGAAGGCAAUUGAAUCUAAUGAUAUGGUUCGUUCAUUAUGGACUAGAGAUAAAAUGGAAUACAUGGUAGUUAAUUCAGAUGGGCUUGCAGGGGGUCUCUUGUGCAUAUGGGACCCUGGGGUUUUUCAAGUUGUUGAUUGUUGUAGCAGUAGAAGCUUUAUCCUGCUAUCAGAUACUCUGAGGUUGUCUAUAGUCGCAAAUUGCUUUGCUGUUGUUGGAAGCUCUUUGGUUGGGAGCUGGUGAUGAAUUAGAAAUGAUUGGGCUCAAGUCUGGUGGCAUGUAACAGAUGUUAGGUGUAGAGGGUUAAUAUGGGCUGUUAAUGGUUCAUCAGUCAGAUGAUGUGCUCAGCAAAGCUUCUGGUUGUUAUGUUUAGCUGAUUGGCUUAAAGAUUGGAUGCUGCUAUAUUCUGUGUUGUUGGUGUUGUGUGAUGCUAUUGAUGUAUAAGGUAGAGAUGCUGUUAUGAGCUGUUGAUAUAAGGCUACUCCUGGUCGUGCUGUUAUUGGUGCUUUUGUUCUGUUUUUUGUUCUUUCUUUUGUUGGUUGCUUUUGAUUGGUUUCUCACCAAUCUUUUGUCAAGUUCUUGCAAAUGAUUUUGUUUCCUUUGCGAUGCCAACCUAGUUGGGAUUAUUGAGGUUAGCUUUGAUGCUCAGUGCACUUUUCUACUUUGUUGAUGUAUUUUUGCAUGAACUGUGCUCUUUUCAUCAAUAAAGCUU